AUGAAGACCUUCAAGGAAAUUUUCAAUCUCUACGUUUGCGCUGCAUCAGCUGUGGAUCUCCCACGCAAUCCCACCCAGUUGCAUAGCAAGAUUGAGGAACAGAUGCAGAAGAUGCUUGCGAUUCUCACACCUCAACAGCGAGAUCUUGUGAGAAAUCAAUCGAAGGUCAUUUUUGUGACGGGGACAUCUGGGACAGGGAAGACCUUCAUCCUCGUGAGGAGGGCCUUGCAGUUAGCCCGAGAUGGCGAUGUCCUGGUGCUGAAUCUUCCAGGCGGUGACCUCACCGACGUAUUCAGACGUGAAUUCCAAGAAACAGAGAAAAUCGUGGUUGCCGAAGGAAGAGAUGAAAACCUUGAAGUGGACAUUGAAAAACUGAAGAGUUUCCUGAGAAUUAAAGGAGAAGGAAAACACGUCCUGAUAGAUGAAGUCCCUCUCACACUUGGGUUCAAGGACACCAUCACCUCCGAAGGCCUUUCAGAUCAUUGGGCAUGGAUCAAUGACUUGGUCCAGGAUGACAAGUUACAUAAUGGCUCCUCAAAGAUGAAGUAUUUGAAGUCCAUCACCCUCUUCUUUAGACCCAAUGACCAGUCCUACAAGAGGGAUUUCUCUCUUAGAGACGUCAAACCAGGAGGUUUAGAAAUUGCCAUCCUCAACCAAGUGAAGAGGAAUACUAAGCAUAUAUCUGAAUUGUUUAUUUCCGUAGGAAAUUUCUCGAGACGCGUAUUUGUCUCAUCAGAACGCUCCUUGAAAAUUGAAGGGGAGAAACCAGGUAGAGAAUGCCUUCCUCGCUUCAUUGAGAUGACAUCUUGCCAGAAACUUCAUCGUGAAUGCAAGGAGAAGCUCGUUUGUGAGGUUGUAAGGGCCUCAUACGCAAUUUAUGAGGAAUGCAAGGAGGCACUGGAAAACAGGCCUGUCUUCGUUGUCGUUGAUGAGGAGUUCAGAAGAGAUGCCGUCGUCAAUAUAUUAAUGUUCUUAUACCCAAAACUCCCUGUCCAUUUCUAUUGGAUUAACGAUAUCCAUGGAAAGCCUGCUCCAAAUGGUACUUUCCCCCUCGUCGUCGUCACUGAGGAGGAAAUGAUGGGAUGUCACCCUUUGAACGUGACGUGCCUCCUGCAAGGCAGAGUUAUCAAACUCCGAAGGACGACCGGUGCAUGGCUGGUCUUCCAGGCUUUCAUUUCCUUUCUGGAAGCGACUGUACCAAUCAUAGGCAGUGCUCUUGGACACAGUGUCCGGGCCAAACGCGGUAUUGAUGUCAGCGAUGGAAUUGGCUGCCUUCUUCUUGAUUCGGAAGUCAUAAAGAAGAAGCAGGCGAACUUGCACCUUAGAAAUUUCUCGAGACGCGUAUUUGUCUCAUCAGAACGCUCCUUGAAAAUUGAAGGGGAGAAACCAGGUAGAGAAUGCCUUCCUCGCUUCAUUGAGAUGACAUCUUGCCAGAAACUUCAUCGUGAAUGCAAGGAGAAGCUCGUUUGUGAGGUUGUAAGGGCCUCAUACGCAAUUUAUGAGGAAUGCAAGGAGGCACUGGAAAACAGGCCUGUCUUCGUUGUCGUUGAUGAGGAGUUCAGAAGAGAUGCCGUCGUCAAUAUAUUAAUGUUCUUAUACCCAAAACUCCCUGUCCAUUUCUAUUGGAUUAACGAUAUCCAUGGAAAGCCUGCUCCAAAUGGUACUUUCCCCCUCGUCGUCGUCACUGAGGAGGAAAUGAUGGGAUGUCACCCUUUGAACGUGACGGUAGUUCUCGAUUUCCCCAGAUCGCAGUGGAAAAACUACUGUCGAUUGAUAGCGACAACUGGAGGAAAUAAAAUAGUCGUGGUCGAGGAAGAAGAGUGGAAGACGGGCAAGUUUUCUCACGUUCCGAUGGAAGUAAAAGAAAUGGGUGGAUGGAAGAUCGAGAAGAAAAACAUAGAUGAAAUAGAUCUUGCUGAAAAACUUGAGGAAGCGUGCCUGAUGUAUGAAGAGAAGGACAUCGGAUAUCUUGAGGAGGCCGGCCUUGAUCAACAAUCCUUCCCGAGAAUAGAUUUGGAUCAGGAUGGGAAAGAAGGAAGAGAAGAUGAAGACGUAGAGAAGAUGCUCAACUGUCGACUCAGUAGAAUAUUCGGUUAUCCAGCCUCGGGAAAAUCCAGGAAAGUAAAUGCCUUGAUUGGACGAGUGACUUGUGGAGUCCUCCUUCUCCAUUGCGGUAGCAAAUUGUCUCGUCAAGUCGCCGAACAUCGAUGGAGGGGGAAGGCCAAUGUAAAGGUCUCCGCUAAAGACUUCUCAUCACUGAAAGACAUUUUUGACGCGGUGGAGAGGGAAAAGGUGGAGAAGAAAAUGAAAACGAAUGUUAAAAAUAUCCAUUUUGGAGGGAAGAAGAAGAUCGAAAGAAGAAGAGAUCGAAGAGAAGAGAAGGAGGAAGAAGAUGACACGGAAACCUUGAUCGUAGUAGUGGAAGACUGCCCCCUAUUCAAAGAGUUUCAGGGAGAUACCGUCGGGGAGUCGUUCAAGGAACGACUGAAAGAGAUAAAAGUAAAACUCAUCCUCUCUUUCAAAUCUCAUACAGAUGACGCAUCAGGGACCUCAUUAGAUGAAGCAGCAAGACUGCUUGAUGAUGAUGAGGGAUGCAUCACGAUAGUACACCGGUGCCAACCAACCAGUAGGGCUUUGAUGAAGUACAUUCGAGAAAACGAGACACGAACUGCGCUGAAUUUGGAAUCAAAAAACCUGUCAGUCUCUGCAAACCCCGCCUCUAUCGUAACUGGCAUACCCGUCAAAUACAUUGACAUCGAAGCCAAAGAAUGCCCAGGACGACAUUCUGGCUAUGUGUGCUCGAAAACCAGCACGUGUGGGAUCACCGCAAAUGUUCUUUCUGCACUCUUCCAAUCUAAAUUCUUCGAAGAGAAAAACGAACCUCCUCAUAUUCUAGUUUCCGAAGAAGGCUUGCUAGAGCCACUGCGAAUAAAAGUGGCGAAUAUCUGGUCUAACGUCCAAGUGAAACACCUUGAGAAAAAAGCACCAACGCUCCGAAGUCAGCAGACUACCAUGAAGAAAGAAAAUCUUGUGCUAGCCGAGACUCUUCCCACAGACCCUGAAAAGGACCGAAGCAUUCUCCUUCGAUUAGAUGACCAGGAAAUGUUCCUUGAGGGCCCAACAUGGAAUGAGGUGGGAAUGAGAGUCGGGGAGGAGGCUUUAAAGAAAGGGAACUUCUUCGACGAGAACACCGGUGCAAUAAUAGAUGGAAUCUCUCCUGCAACGUGGUCAGCAAUCAAUGAGAAGCUUUCUCCCACCUCAUCCUCCCCUUUCACGGAUUGGGGCUACAUGUGGCAAGCCAAGAUGUUCAGGGAGUCCGACAACAAGGAGGAGGUUACUGCUGACCGGGCAACACACAGCAAGCGAUCUGAUCGCAAGAGAAGUGACGAAUUCGGCCGCAAAUUUAAGGAGAAGAUCGACCAGGAUCCUGGGCGGAACAUGAAUGACCUGGCAAAAGAAAUGGGCGUGGCGAGGUCCACAAUCAGUCUGGCAGUACGCAAGGACCUGCAGUGCAAGUCUUUUGUCCUCAGGAACCGCAAACUGUACCGCGGGAUCAUUGGAGCAUUCCCAAAGAACGCGGAGGCUUGA